AUGACGUACGCCGGAUUCUUUUACAUCGGUCGAGAGGAUGUUUGCGUUUGUUUCGCCUGCGGUUUGGCUCUGCACAGAUGGACCAACGCGCUCGAAAUCAGACGAAACAUCGAUCCCAUAGCCGAACACUACGCUCACAACAACGAUUGCGCGUACGUUCAAACGUUGUUCUUUUAUCCGAACGAUUCGUAUUUUCCCGUUACGGAGCGCAAAGUCGCGCGACACGGUGAUCUGGUGGACAGAUUGUUGGAAAGAUACAACACUGUUCGCGCCGGUGUGGAGCGCGAGCACUCCAGGGUCACCGAAUGGAUAGGUCGAUCGCACGCGCACUUGACGCGAAUACGCUCGCAGCUCGACAAAGCUACCACGUGGUUGCAACGAACGGUCGCUGAGAUCCCAACGAUAGAAUUCAUCGACGACGAUCCGUCCGGCGCGUACGCGACGUUGUUAUCGAGCUUCGAAGACGUAGAUGCGAAUCUGAUCGAACACCGAAGUCCGCUCACCUGUCCAACCAGAGAUUUCGAAAGCACCGUCGUGACUCUGGACCCGGUCGUAUCGGACAGCGCGUCUAUGAAAACAACCGGAUCCAGACCAUGUUGCGUUUGCAUGUCGAACGAAUCGAAUGUAUUGUUUUUACCGUGCAGACACACGGUGUGUUGUCCGUUGUGUUCCAAAGAUCUCAAGAUGUGCCCGGUGUGUCGCGAAUCGGUGUGGUUCAGAGUUACGUGUAUGUACUGA